CAUGGAAAUGUUUCUUUUCCACAGAUGAAUUAUCAUGAUAAACCACCAGAAGAAAAUCUAACUGAAUUUAUAGAAUUUGUUCUCUUGGGUUUUGCUGAUUUGCCCCAUCUACAGUGGUAUCUUUUUGGAUUGUUUUUAACCAUCUACAUUAUUAUCCUGAUGAGUAACGGCACCAUCUUUCUAAUAACCAAACUGGAUCCUGCUCUCCAGAGUCCAAUGUACUUUUUCCUGGCAAAUUUCUCUUUCCUUGAAAUGUGCUAUGUAUCCGUUACUCUGCCCAGAAUGCUGAUGGAUCUGGGGACCCAGAGGAGGAGAAUUCCCUUAGUACCCGGCCUUCCCCUCAUUCAAGGUGUUACAUAUCAGAUUUUUUCUCUGCCUUUUUGUGGCUCUAAGGAAAUCAACCACUUCUUCUGUGAAAUUCCCCCACUUGUUAAGCUGGCUUGUGUGCAUACUUUUAUCAAUGACAUGUUGCUCUACUUAGUAGCUGUGUUAUUUGGCAUAGUUCCAUUUCUGUUGAUCCUUGGCUCUUACAGUAAAAUCAUCUCCACCAUCCUGAAGUUGCCAUCAGCUGCAAGUCGUUCCAAAGCCUUCUCCACCUGCUCGUCUCAUGUUAUGGUUGUGGUUUUAUUCUUUGGAUCAGCAAUUAUUGCCUACUUGAGACCAAAGAGCAGUCACUCAGAGGAAACUGGCAAAGUCCUUUCCCUUUUCUAUACUAUUCUCACUCCGAUGUUCAACCCCAUAAUAUACAGUCUAAGGAAUAAGGAUGUCAUAAUGGCCCUGAGAAAGUUGUUAUACAAAUAA